AUGCAAGCCUUCAUAGAGAAGGAAGCUAAGGAAAAGGCCAAGGAAAUCAGAUUGAAAGCCGAUGAGGAAUAUGAGAUUGAAAAGGCAUCGACUGUAAGGUUGGAAACUGCGGCAAUUGACACGACAUAUGAACAAAAGUUGAAAAAAGCAAGCUUAGCACAACAAAUUACAAAAUCAACAAUAGGUAACAAGACGAGAUUGAGAAUCCUUGGUGAGAAGGAUCAAAUUUUAAAUCAAAUAUUUGAUGAUGCUGAAGCGGAGUUGAAAAAAAUUACUCAGGAUAAGGAGAAGUAUAAGCCGAUUUUAGUUGGAUUAAUCGAAGAGGGCGCAUUGACAUUAUUAGAGGCAAAAAUCUCCAUCAAGGUUAGAAAACAGGAUUUGGACAUUUCUAAGGAAGCAGUUUCCGAGGCAACAAGAAACUAUGAAGAUAAGACCAAGGGGAAAAUAGAAAUUUCAGUGAAUAAGGAUGAGUUCUUAUCCAAGGACAUUGCAGGUGGUGUGGUCGUCACCAACGAGACUGGUAAGAUUGAAGUUGACAAUACUUUAGAGGAAAGAUUAAAGAUAUUGUCUGAGGAAGCAUUGCCUGCACUCAGGCUAGAAUUUCAUAUUAUAAUAAACAGACUCAAACCCAUUCAGCCCAAUGAUUUAUAUGUAUCUUGCACAAUCUUUGACUCCAAGGGGAACAUUACUGCUGUUUCCAAAAAGUAUCCCAAAAUGCAAUUCCUCAAAGAGAACCACUUGUACCCGCGCGAUUUGCGUAAGAUUGAUACUUCGUCAAUCGAUGUUAUCCCUAUGAUUAUGAUUCGCUCGUCAAAUGCAAUAUUGGUCAAUCUUCUAUACAUCAAGGCAAUUAUCAAGAAAAAUUCUGUAAUGGUCUUUGAUACCUCGAAUCCUGAAGUUGCUUCUAAAUUGGGCAUAUUCAUGUAUGAUUUAGAGCAGAAAUUGAAAAGCUCCUCGUCUCCAUCAUUACCAUACGAAUUUCGAGCAUUGGAGUCUAUUCUAGUCAGUAUAAUGAGCUAUCUCGAAGCAGAGAUCAAACUCUAUAUUAAUAGCUGUGGGAUGAUAUUAAGUGAAUUGGAAGAUGAAGUAUAUCGUAAAAAACUACAAGAAUUGCUUAUCAGACUGAAACAAUUACUGAGUUUCCAUCAAAAAGCUGUAUUAAUCAGAAACGUUUUAGAAGAUUUAUUGGAAAAUGACGAAGAUUUAGCAGGGAUGUACUUAAGUGACCCGAAAAAGAAACCAGUAGAUGAUCAUGUUAGCAAAAGCAAAGAUAUAGUAGACGAGCAAGUAAAUGAAAAUUUGAAUAAUUACGAAGAUUUAGAAAUGAUCUUGGAAAGUUAUUAUCGGCAGUGUGAUGAGUUUGUGCAACAAGCAGGAAGUUUACUAAAUGAUAUAAAGGCUACAGAAGAUAUUGUCAAUAUCAUACUUGAUGCAAAUAGAAACUCGCUCAUGUUGUUUGAGUUGAAAGUCACAGUGUACACAUUGGGAAUAACUAUUGCAACACUUAUCCCAGCAUUUUACGGAAUGAACUUGAAAAACUAUAUAGAAAAUUCCAAUUACGGUUUUGGAGCAGUUGUUGUGUUCUCCAUACUCCAAGGAAUGGUAUUUACAUGGUUCAACUUUAAAAAAUUACACAAGGUUCAAAAACUAACCAUUUUGGGCACCAACAGUAAUCCAAAAAAGAAAGUAAUAACACCAUAUAAAUCUACAAUUAAUAGAGACUCGUCAUUCUUGCAUAAAUUGUUCUUUGGCUCGGGGUCGUAUAGAAAGAAAAAAUACCAUUGGCCAAACAAGAGUGAAAAGGAUUUAAUUUGGAAAAUGAUCAAUGAUGAUAAAUCUAGAAAAUAG